GCCGAGUGAAACUAGAUAGCUUUCCAUUGCCAACAUAUAUCCAACCAUUCCUGAUUACAUAACAAAAAUGGCGGAAGCCAACACCUUAAUAUCAUCCUCAGCAACAAACAUCAUCAAAACGCCAGGCUCAUUUCAGUCUAAGUUCAAUUCCCAGAAACUUCAGCCCCACAAUCCCAGUAAUUUUAGAGUUAAAGCAAGUUCAUCCAAAAGGCAUGAUUAUUCAUCCCUGAGUAUUAACAAGCAAGACUGUCGAACUAAUCGACGCCGGCUUAUCACGAUAUCGACGGCUGACGGGAGAUGGCAUGGAACAUGGAGCUGUGAUUACCUUGUGUCUCUUAAGGACCUCAACUUGGCUGACUUGAUCGAAGAUGAUGCACAAAGGGAUGCUCAGGUUUCUAUCAAUCUUUGCAUCCAAAAGCAUGCCAGCUUUGGGCUUUCAGUGGACGGAAGGAUUAUUACAUCUUUCACCAGGAAAUGUAGCAUCUGUUCUUCUCCAUAUUGCAGACAGAUUGAUACAAACUUCAACGUUUGGGUCCUGGCUUCGAAUAAAGACCAUGAUGCAACUCAUCAGUUGCCUGAGAUCGGUGGAGAUGAUCCAUCGGUUAUCUAUGUGAAACCAGGAUAUGAAGCGAACCUGGAUUCACUGAUACAGGACACAAUCCGGCUAACAACCUCCACCAGGGACAUUUGCUCGGAAGCAUGCCGAAAAUCGGAACCCACUCUGAGUUAUAUUGGUAAAAGGAAUGCAGCUUCCAUCGACAAGAGGUGGUGUAGAUUGUUGGAACUAAGGAACGCAAAUCUGUAUAAUACAAAUUUUUAGAUUAUUUAUAGAAUGAUGUACUGAAACUCUCUAUGUAACACCUCAAACCGAUGCGGGUAGCCCGAUCCGAUUCGGGAAGUCACAU